UUAUCAAAACAUCCGGUUUUCUUUUGCUUUCUUUUAAAUUUAAUAAGAAAUUGAGAUAAAAAGUAACUUUGUCUUUACUUGACUUAGACUAGCUAUAUAUAUAUAGUCAUAGAGAGUAGACUAGACUUAGACCUAUUAAUUUGUAAGUUGACUGAUUAAAUUAAUGCUAAGAAAAAAAAACUAAGAGGUUGGACUACGCCGACUACGGAACACCUCUAGGACAGUGCUUCCCCUUUUUAUGAACUAGUUAUAAUGGAUAACAUACAGUGAGACAGAGCUCUUCAAUCAAAGAAAGAAGUAACAUGUGAAAUGCAAAAUAUCAGUGAAAUAGUUUGAACUUAUCCAACUCAGAAACCAAGUGACAAACUCUCAAAGAUGGCUAAGUUCAAUACUAAACAGACUAUUAAGCAUGAAGUAGAAAAUAGAUAUGCUGCCGAUACGUCUUCAAGCUCAUCAGACAAUAUUAACAUUAUAUUCAAAGUCAUGAUGUUAUGAAUAGAAGUGAGUCUCAGAUAUAAUGUCCCUAACCCAAGAGGAAGACACAUUCUCCAACCAACAUUCCAGUUCUCAUACUUCCAAAGAUAAUCAGAAGCAAGAUCAUAAAAACACAAAAUCAAAAAAAAUAUUCCAGUGUCCUGUAUGUCAAAAAGAAUUUUCUCAGUCUUCAACUCGUAAUAGACACCAGUCAAUUCAUACUGGAGAAAAACCAUUCAAGUGUCAGAUCUGCCAGAAAAAAUUCUCUCGGUCUUCACAUUUGAAAACCCAUGAAAAGAUUCAUAAAAAUAAAAAAGCAUUCAACUGUCAAAUAUGCCUGGAAGAGUUUCAGAAGAUUUCCAGUCUUGAAAGACACCAACUAAUUCAUUCUACUCAAAAGCCAUUCAAAUGUCCAAUAUGCCAAAAAGAGUUUAUAUCAUCUUCCAAUUUUAAAACUCACCAGAUGAUUCAUAGCGGUGAAAAAACUUUCAGGUGUCAAAUAUGUCAGAAAGUAUUUUCGCAAUCUUCAACCUUAAAUAGACACCAGUCAGUUCAUAGUGGUGAAAAACCAUUUGAGUGUCUAAUCUGUCAAAGAAAGUUUUCUCGGUCAUCUCAUUUGAAAACCCAUCUAUUUGUUCAUUCUGUUGAAAAACCAUUUCAAUGUGAAAUAUGUGAAAAAAAAUUCCCACAGUUAAAGAGUCUUAAAAAACAUCAAGUGAUUCAUUCUAAUGAAAAGCCAUUGAAAUGUCAAAUAUGCCAGAAAGGAUUCUCAUCCUCUUCCCAUUUUAAAACCCACCUUUUGAUACACACCGGAGAAAAAAUCUUCCAAUGUCAGAUUUGCCAAAAAGAAUUUUCUUCAUCUUCCCACUUGAAAACUCAUCAAUUGGUUCAUACUGGUGAAAAGCCAUAUCAGUGUCAGCUAUGCCACAAAGAGUUUUCUCAGUCUUCAAUUCUAGAAAGACAUCAGCUAAUUCAUACUCAUGACAAAUCUUUCAAAUGCCACAUGUGCUGGAAGACAUUUGCACAGUUUUCGCACUUGAAAAUCCACCACUUGAGUCAUUCUGGUGAAAAACCAUUCAAAUGUCCAGUGUGCUCGAAAGGAUUUUCUUCCUCCUCCAAUUUGAAGAUACAUCAAUUUGUGCACACUGGAGAAAAACCAUAUAAAUGUCAAAUUUGUGAAAAAGCAUUUUCCCAGUCUUCAAUUCUAAAUAGGCAUCUGUCUGUUCACACAGGGAAAAGACCAUACAUGUGUCAGAUCUGCCAAAAGAAUUUUUCUUGUUUAUCAAGUCUAAGAAAGCAUCAUUUGGUCCAUACUGGUGAAAAGCCAUACAAUUGUGAAAUAUGCCAGAAAGAAUUCUCUUCUUCUUCAACUUUAAAGACGCACUUGUUGGUUCAUUCUGGUGAAAAACCAUUCCUUUGUCACAUAUGCCAAAAAGGAUUUACUUGUUCAUCAAAUUUGAAAAGGCAUCUUACGGUCCAUACAGCUGAUGAUGAAAAACCUUUUAAAUGCCGAACAUGCCAUAAAGAAUUUUCUAGGUCUUCAUCAUUGAAUGCCCAUCAAAUGGUUCAUUCUCGUGACAAAAUGAAAUGUAUGAUCUGACUAAAAAUUUUUAUGAAUCUCUUAAUGCAAUCAUAAAACAUUAUAUAUAAAUCUAAAAAUAUUAUUGGGAAGCGUGAUCGGGAGACUAAGUGUGCUUGAACUUGGCUUGGCCUGGCUACCUAUGAUGGCGGCUUGAGGUUCAACACCCGACUCGAGCUAGUUGUGUUUACUGAGCACCUAAAGGCAGCAAGGAAAAAACUUCUGCAUGAUACCCCCCCCCCCCCUUCACCCAUAGUGCUCUGAGCAUGCUAUAAGCAUGUAAGUAGCGCUAUAUAAAAGCUAUAAUUAUUAUUAUUAAGCUUACUCACUUUAAAAAUCUGACUUAUUUAUUAUGGUCUAUUGAGAGUAAAAAAAAAAAAACAAAGAGAAAUGGUAAAGUUCUUCUUCAGCUCACAGUAAAGUCAGUUAUGUUGGCUUGUAAUGCCAAUAAUGAGAAGAAUAUUAUCUUAUGCCCUACCCAUUAUAGUGUUCAUGAGCACUUUUGAAUUCUUUUGAAUCCAAACUUGAAGGGAAAAAAUGCCCAUGACAGUUCAUUAUAUUUUUACAACUUUAUUUAUUUAAUGGUUUAUUUAAAAUCAGAGGAACAAGAAAGUUCUGCUUGUAAAGUUUAGCUGCCAAAAUAUUUUUCAUGUUUUGUUUUUUUUAUUAAAUAAAAUAAUUUUUCUGUUGGAAGAUAGAAUACAAAUUGUAUUUAAAAAAACCUCAAUAUUAUUACAAUAAACAAUUAGUCAGCUUUUAAUAUUGAUGUUUGGGUUUGUACUACUAGACCAAUCUAGAUCUUCGUAGAUAGACAAUUGUGAAAUGUUCUUUGCAAAGUUCAGUAAAUAUUAUAUAUAAAACAUGUAGAAAAGCAUCUAGAGUUUAACAGAACUUCUUUGAAAUAAAUUUUUCAGGGUUAAAUUUUGUAAUAUGUCAUUUAUUGUAGAUACAUUUCAAAAGAUAACUUUGAAUCCAAGCCUAUGUCAUACUCUUACAUGGCAAAUGCUUUGUAACUCAACCCUGGUGAAAAAUAAGGUGAAGGGUGACCCUUAGGCAGCUAACAGCAGACAAUGCUAUUUACUGGUAGAACCUGUGAUUCUGCUGGUCCCAAACUGUAAUGGGCACCUGUUGUUCUUUGGACACAUCAGCUGGGUGGAAAGUGACAUCACUCGGAACAUAGCUAAUACCCUGGAUUCGAUCUCAUGUUUAUUGAAGGAGGCCAAACAUUUAUUUCUCUUAUAUAUCACUUGCUUUCAAUUAUUUAUGCUGUGAGUAGGCUUAAUGAUUUUAUAUUGACUUUAUUUUUGGUCUGAACACAGAAGGAUGCAUCUGAUAAGUGUAUCAUGCUUGUAUUAAGAAACUUUUGUUUGCCAUUUAUCAUUUGACUUAAGAUUGUUGCAAUAACGUUGGUUGUGCUUAUGUAUAAAUUAUGAUUUUUUUAAACUGUGAUAUCUAGCAUAUUUAUUGCAUGUAUGCUUAAGGAUAAUGUUAUGUAGAUCUACUGUUUGAUGUGCAUAUUUUUUGUACAUAUCCUUUCUUUAUUUCAUUUUCUUAUUCAUUUCAUGUUUUGUACAAAAUGUAUAAGUUUUAAUAAUAAUGUUAGAUUUUUGUCUUCA